CAGUUACUAUGAAACUAUAAACAUGAGUCGCUGAAGAAUUAUCCGAAGAAGUAUCAAAACCGAAGCUGCUUCUGUAACAGGAAAGAACUACACACUAAUGCUGAGAACAGAGAGCAGGAGGAGGGUUCCUAGCGAGGGGUGUGUUGAAAGGCAGCCGUUUGUUUCAGAUUACAGGUGGACUGGGCGUGGAACAGGUACAGCAGCUCCAGGAGGAACCUGCUUAUAAAAGGUAGAACUGGUUGUACCUGUGGAUCUAAAGUUCCUGAUUGCGCAGGCUCGAGCAGCAGAGACACGCUGAACACACUGCUGUAGACACGCUGACAGUGUGAAUGGAGCUUCAAGCUCAGUAUCUAGAGCAACAACGAGAAAACAACUGAAGAGGUAGAGCGUGGACUAGCGUGAGUAAACGAAGCUGGCGACACCAUGCUGCUCCACCACUCCACAGGGAGCAUGAUAGCAGUGCUGAAGGAGAUGGAGGAGAAUGGGACCUGCACCCACAACGAGACUCUGCAGUAUCUGUUCCUCAUGCUCUCCAAAGUGGCUUUGAACACACUAGUCUUGUCCUUCUGGCUGAGGAGCAUCACCCGGUCCUUCCUUGGCAUCUUCAGCAUCUCCAUCUAUCUAGCUGACCUUGUACUGAUUGGCUGCAUUUCAUGGAUCUGGUGGUUCAGAGAGAACCUCGACAUCCACAAGUCCAUGUGCUUCACUCUGGCACACAGCUCUUCGGUAUACUCCAUGCUACCUCUGCCGGUUCUUUUGGUGGGAACCUUGGACUAUGCUUAUGUCCGUCACAUGGCGGUUUCCCAGAAUUCUCCAAGUAGGACUGCAAGCCACUGUAUGGCAGUGGUGUUGGUGUGGACGCUGGCUUGCUUCUAUUCACUUUGGUACACAAACUCUGAACUACUGACAAUUCAAUAUAAUGAAGAAAUUAACGCUCUUGUUUGUCCUGUGCAUGGUUCUGCAGUGGUCAGCUACUUCAAUUUCAGCUUGUCCAUUGUGGCGUCCGCUGUGCUUCUGCUGCACUGCCGAGGCAUAUCUCACUGGGUUCGCUUGGUUAACAAAGUAAACAGUAGAAAGUCCUGGCCAUUUACUCCUAGGAGUGAUAUAGCCUUUUCCAACAUGGCGGAGAAGCUCAAAGAGCGGACAGCUGGGGAACUUUGUACGGAUGAUGACCAGCAGAGUCGUCCUCCUCUCUUAGUCAGCCUGACUCUCUGUUUCGUGUUCAACUGGACACCCUACCUGAUCAUGAGUGUAGCCUGCGACCUACUGGGAUUCGCAGUGCCAGCAUACGCCACCGUUAACCUCCUAUGGAUGGCCUGCGCCAACAGCUUAAUCGCUGGCUUGGCCUUCUGGUACAGCAGUGAUGAGCUUGGACCUUUCUGCAAGUUGCCAGAUGAUAUCUGUGCAUGGAGCUUCUACUGGCAUUUGAGUAAAGAAGACUGUCAGUGGUCAACCAGUAAGAAGCAUACCAGACUAAGCAUUUGUUCAGAAAGGCUGUUGCACCAAGUGUAGAGAUUUAAAAAAGGUAGAAAUAACCGUAAAGGUAUUAGUUAUUGAAGUACAUUGCGGUACAAUGCAAACACUGCAUAGCGCGGUAUCUUAAAAUAAUAAUGAAUGUAUCUCCAAAUGAGGACAGUAUUUCAAAACGAUGACGUGCCUGAUGUGCCAAAUUUCUCUACUGUGCCUAGACAAUGCAUGGCCAAAACAGCUCAUUUAUUCAUGCGCAUUUUAAAGAGAGACAGAAAGGGGUGCUUUGGGAGCUUACUAAUUUUGUAGCUCUCUAAAAAAAACAGGGAAUGGAUAAUACAUUGGUAUUCCAUAGCAGAUAACUUUUUUCAGAGAGUUGAAUUACCCCUUAUCUAUGUCUUCCAGGUUUGUCAGACAAAUAUGAAAAUGUUUAAAAUAGAAAAUUUAAGGUAAAGUGUAGUUUGUAAAUGUUUAAAAGUUUAAAUGCUGGAAAUUGUACUCAAUUUCUCUUUACAGGACAUUAAAUGUUUAAGUACUACAGAAAUAUAUAUUUUUAAAGUUGUUCAGCCCCAGUUAUAAGCCUUUAAAGGUGUUCUCGGACUUCAGCAACAUCAGCUCAACAUCCAGUCAGCACUCUACUGUCCAAAAUACGGAGCCCCUUUUCUGCUUUUCUGUAAAUUACUGUCUAUGGAGAAGACUGAAUAUUACAUCAAAGCUCCAAUCCAAGGAUAAUCUUUUGUAAGAAAAUGAAGAGUGAAUUGGUUUCUUUUUAUUUUUGUCUUGGAAUUAAUAAUGGCGAUAUUUUGGAGUCUCUUGCAGUGGGACAUGGCAUAAUUCUAAGUAAAAGACACUUAAUUUGCAUACAAAGCUGACAGGCUCAGACACAGACAGUUUGUAGACCAGUUUAUCUUCUCUAGGCAGUCUUGUUGUCCACAACCCCUGAGAGCUGAUUUGUUUUGUUAGCUGUCAAUCAAAAGGACCUUGUGGCCAAUUUAAUUAACUUCUUCCCAUGCCUUAAUAAGUCGUGGCCACGCCUUAAUUGUCUCCUUCUCCAGCAUUAGAUUUUCGUUCCACGCUUUUUUUUUUUUAACAUGAUGUCAACUUAGUGGUUCAGUAAAAAAAAAAAUAUAUAUAUAUAUAUACAUUUUUACAUGCUUUAUUAUAAUUUCCUAAAUUAAUUGGAUAUCAUGGAGAAGAAGUUAGACACUAAGUUUUAGCUCCAUUAACCCCCAUUGAGCACGCCCCUUUAGAAGCCAUUUUCUGACAUAACUUAGCCAGGCUCUCCAUAAACAACUCUGCCUGACCAAAGUUAAGAAAUUUGCUGAAGGCAAAGCCCUUAAAAUUUGAUGUAGCAGUCUGCAAGACGUUCCUCAAAACAGUUUAAAACACUCCCAAGAGCAUUCCCUCAGUGUGUAAUAUGAGCUUCAGUUAGCUGAAACAGGUCUGUACUUUGUUGUUAGCUAAUGUUAUCUUGUUAGCUAACGAUAGCUUAAUAGCUAACUUAAAAAAUAUAGGAUCUCCAAAUAAGACAGAAACUGCCACAAUAUAUCUUUCUGCCAGUCCAACACCAGUCACUCAACUUCUCUCUUUCUUAGAUAUGUUUUUUAAAUCAUCUCUAAUGGUGCCAGUUAGUCAAAAAAAUAGACAUUCUGAGCAGUACAGAUUCUCUGUGUAUCUGUGCUUGGGCUAGCUAAGCAAAGGCUAAAUUAGCCAGUAACUAAUUUCUUUACAAACAAAACAUCACAGAAUGACUCUUCAUCAUCUCUUCAACAGGACCACUCUUUUACUUUUACUCUUCAUUUACUUUACUUAAAAGUUAGCCAUCAUGCUAACUAGGUAAGCAAAAAUCUUCUGAUUUGCUGCGUUAUACAUUUUUGAAUCAUCAGAAUAAUGGUUUAACAUUUUUUAUAUGAUUUAAGCCAUGUGUACAGUGUUUAUAUGCAAUUGUUUUUAGUUUUAAAAAUAAAAAAAAUUGUUGGAAUGGUAGCCACGUAAACAAAGGACUUAUGGAAAUCUGCAACCCCGGUAAUACCGUAUACCAUGAUAAUGUUUUGAGAAGGUAUGAAAGUAUUGAAUGCCACUAGGGUUGCAACGGUAUGAGAUUUUCACGGUAUGAUAACCGUCUCAGAAAAUACCGCGGUAUCACGGUUAUCACGGUAUCACAGUUUGUUACAUAUAUUAUUAAACUGACCCUUAAAGAAAUUACAACAAAGUUUUUUUGUUCAAUUAACUAUUUAUUGUAGAAACCUGGAACAAUUAUAAUUUUAAUGUCUCCUUAAAAAAAAAUAAGCUGUACACCAUCAGGUGAAGGAAACCAUUUUUUUUCCACUACUCUUAAGGGCAUUAAGAGUGUAUAUAAAAAAAGAAUAUAUAAAUAUAUAUAAUAUAUAUACACACAUACACACACGUUACACACAUUACAUGUCCUCUAAGAAGUAAAGAUCCUGUAUUUAAAAUAUUCAGUACAAUUAUUUAAGUUUAAAUUUUUUAAUAUCUGAUAAACUGAGCCUGGGUCAGUGUCUGAUCAACAACUGUUGUAAACGUCCGUUUUACUGCCAAGUUGGUAUAUAACCAGAUACUGCAGAAAAAGGGGAUUUAUUUCUGACAUGAUCCUCACAACAGAGAUUUCUAUUUUAAGGCUUUCACACCGAGUCUGGUUUUAACACAUGAAAAACAGGCACGUCAGAAUUUGAAAAUGAACGCAUGUAAAUGAAUGGCGUCUUUCACAUCCAGUCCGGCCAGGACCUUUACACGGACACGUGAAUCCGUCGUAGCACGCACUUCACGCCUGUACCCACGUGCCCAAAUUUCGGAUAACUCAGCGCUUUUGGGUUGUGCACGACUAAAAAGAGGUUUUAUUUAGGUUCAGAUUAAAAUUAUAAACUAAACACAUACUUUGCGCUGCACAGCGGGGUGGUGUUCUCGGAGAUGGGAGAACAGGUUUGACGUAUGUCCACCUUUAGCUGUGACUUUACGGCCACAUUGAUUACAAAUCGGAUAACCAUCCUGCGUUCGGCGGGUAUCCGAAAUAGUCCCACACUGCUGAUUUUAGUUUAGCCUUUUUUUAGGCGGACGGAGAUUUGUUUAGUCUGAUGCACUUUCUGCCGUUCUCACCGCUGUGUGCCGAGUAGCUGAAGCGGAGCAGAGUUGCGCAUGCGCGGGUGAGUUUCUCCGCUGGCUUGCGUUUUACCGGUAAUAAGCAAACACACACGGUAUGAUAACCGUGCAUUUUAAUACCAUGGUAUACCGUGAAACCGGUUACCGCUGCAACCCUAAAUGCCACUGUAGUGAAAGUAGUGAACCACUGACAGCUAAAUAAAUAAAUAAAUAAAUAAAUAAAUAAAUAUAGAUCUGUAUGAUGCUGCUGUAACUUUAAGGGUACAUUUGGAACAUGUUUGGACUUUGUAAUAAAAAGAAGGAAAAAAAUGUAUAUAUUUUCAUACUGACAGUGUAUCAACCUAAAGAAAAGCCCUAAUAAAUGUUGAUUUGCAGAGUAAUUAAUAA